AUGGAAGACGACACGGACGGUUCGUCAAUAGAAGAUGGCAUCAACCAUGUUCUGUCCCUCGGCUCAACAUCUCGCGAUCUGCAGACGGCGUAUCUCGUCAUCAGCCUGGUGCUGUCGGUAGGAUGCGGCCUGCUGCUCAUCUUCUUGGUUUGGAAGAAAGAGUAUCUCCAGAAGCCCAGCCACUACCUGCGGUGUAACCUGGCGGUAGACGACAUCAUCUUCACCGGCUGUCUGAUUCCCGUCCGAGUGUACGCACUUUUCCGGCAGGAUGCCCGCGGGGGACAGACGUGGUGCACGGUCCAGGCACUGGUAGCACCCGCAAGUAUUCUAUCCAUGUGCGGUACAUACCUCAUGAUGGCAGUAGAUCUGUACUAUUUCAUAUGCCAUCCCCUACACUACCAUGACAAAGUCACCACAAAACGCGUGGUCCUGGGCAUCUUGGCGUUCAGAGCCUUCACCCUCUUCGGCGGAUUAGCACCUGUGGCCUUCGGAGGACUGCCCAAGUACAACUUUAACCUGCGUUGUGAGGCGGAGCCUAUGAACAGUACUUCCUUAUCUGCCAUCUUAAGAAGCAUGGGCCUACUUUUCGGGGUACUUGUUGUUCUCUCCAUCCUAGUGAUCUAUUCUCGAAUCUUCAAGGAGGCUAGAAGACAACAGGAAAGGGACGAGAACCGUGACCUGUGGGUGUUUCAGACCAAGGCGUUCAAAGUGACGGUGCCGCAUGCUGCCGUUUUGACCGUUUGCACGGCCACUGCCUGCUUCCGCAUAGCCACGAUCCGAGGUCUGAUCAGUGAGGAACAGAUGUCGCAACGUGCCCUGAUCGUCACCGGACGCGUGGCCUUUCUCUUGUACCUGACGUUAUCGUCCGUGGCCAACCCUGUCAUCUACAGCUUUCGGCUGCCAGAGUUCCGCCGAGCCUUGAGGCAGCUGUGCGGAUGGCCGGCCAACCCUAACCCACCGGCGGCGGCACCGACGACACGGCGGCAUCGCCAGGACGACGCGGAGAUGGCCGCCGUCACCGGUACUGGGCGGCGCGGUGGGCCGGCCUCGGAGUUGGCGCCAGCUCAAGUCUCUUCAGAGGGCCUGAUCAUGCAGCCAGCGCCGGUGGAGAACAUACCUUCCAACCAGGCACAGAAGCAGACAACACCGGCAGACACCAUCCCAGGACCAGCGCCUCGUGCAGGGCACCGUGGCCGCGGCGAUACCGUCUCAGGGCCACCGGUCCGGCUAACAGUGAUGGCAGAGGUGCACGCUGAGCCGAGGCCACGUACCGGACAGGAGGACGCGACGGUAUUCCUCCCCGGACAAGUACACACGGACGCCGAAGAAGACGACGUCCCUACAAUAACGUUGGACACAGAGAUCGACGAGGCAACAGCAGUGCACACUUUGGACCGUCCACCAACGCGUCGGAAAUUGGCAUGGGAGGAAGAUGAUACAAACCAGUACAACAAAGGCAAAUCCUAA